GAAGAAAGCACAAGAUUAUUCCUAAAACGACGAAGCAAAACGCCACGGGGGAUAAGCUCAGGUUUUAUAUUCUUUUUCGUUCCGACACGUAUCAUUAAACUGUAUCGUGGAAUCUUAGUCCUCCUUGUUCCACCUUUCCCCCCACAGUCUCGUAGGAUAAGACCAUCAUGCCUCUCACGGCAGCCGAGAUUGUCCAGCUCCCAGAAUUCAAAAAUGUGGUUUGGGAUCUCAAACCCACCAAGAAAGGGCGGGUACCCGUUGCCAAAGGCAGGGGAGGCCCUUUUGAACUUUCAUAUGAAGUCCAUGGACAAGGUCCACUGCGCCUAGUAUGGAUCAUGGGCUUGGGAGCAUACAAGACUGGAUGGCAACGCCAGACCAAAGAUCUUGCUCAUGGAAAAUCAUCCAAAUAUUCUUCUUUGAUCUUCGAUAACCGAGGUAUGGGCGAGUCUGACAAGCCUGUCGUGAGAUAUUCAACGUCAGAAAUGGCCAAGGAUACAAUAGAGAUUCUGGAUCAUCUUGGAUGGACAGAUUCACGACAGCUGCAUGUCAUUGGUAUCAGCAUGGGCGGCAUGAUUGCGCAGGAGCUGGCUCUUCUAAUACCGGAUAGAGUGGCCUCUCUGUCUCUUGUCUCAACCGCUCCACGCCUGGUCAAUACAGUGGGUUUCAUCGAAAAUCUUCGCAACCGAAUCAAUUUAUUUAUUCCGAAGCCUAUCGAUGUGCAAUUACAACAUGUCAAAGCCAAUCUAUUUUGCGAAGAGUGGCUGAAUGCGCCCGAUUCGGUUGGUGGUUUCCCUACCAACGGUGACUUCUUCGCCGCGCAGGAAAUCUCAAAAAGAAUGGAUAAGGAAGGAUUCACUCGAAAAGGUUUCAUGCUACAGGCAAUUGCGGCAGGCUGGCAUCACAAAAGUCCGGAGCAGCUCAGUCUGCUGGGUGACCGUGUCGGAAGGGAUAGAAUCCAGGUUCUUCAUGGUACAAUCGACCGCAUGAUCACCGUCCCUCAUGCGCACAUGCUAGCAGACGAGUUAGGCGGUGAGCAGUCAGGGCUAAAGAAGAUAAUCUUUGAAGGAAGGGGGCAUGUUCUACCUGUCGAAGAAAGAGAACAGUUCAAUGAGCUGAUUGAAGCAUUGGUUGCAAAGGCCGAAGCAAUGAGAGAGUCAUGAGAUAUAUGAUGACGAAUAUAUGAAUGCAUAGCAUAGGACAAGCAUUCCACGGUAUAGAUUAGAUGAAUGCAUUAUUGAGUAGGCUGUUUCAAAGGUCCGUAUUUUGCUAUAUCAUUUGGUUGAAAUAUAUAUUUAUACAAAUAUACGUUAGGCAGCGCAACUAAUUGUAGAAGGUUUUAUGCAAAUUUCUUUCAAUUACUAUAUUCUACUGUCUGUUACAGUUGAAGAUCAAUAUGAUACCUGC